AUGGCGAAGAGAUAUAAAGGACCAGAGUUCUCGCUUUUCAGGAACCUGCCGAAAGAGCUCCGUCUUAUUAUAUGGGAAUUCACGAUCGUUCCGCGGGUUGUCGCUCUUGAAUGCAAAGAAAUUACCUCAACGCAUCUGGAAUGGUUUCUGGAGGAACUUGGCUGGGAUAAAAGACUGCCAUUGUGUACGGCUGGCGAGAUCUCGUGCUUUGUCGAGGCCGGUCUGGACAGAGUCCGGAAGGAACAUGAUGUGUCUCGAUCUGGAAUGCAACGUCUAGACGAUCAAGUACACGGAGCCAUCAACCUGCUAGUCGCUGGUAAAUCUUGGAAUGCAAGCAAGCGCUUCAAUCUGAGAAGUAUUGCUGCCGCAUAUAUACUUGCUGGCGUUGAGUCCAGAUAUCUGCCAGCGCUGUUAAAGUUAACGGGAGAAAUGGAUGUGGAGGUACUUUUAAAUUUUACCUCGAAUAUAUCUCCAGAUGAUAGCCCCCCCGCACUUAAAGAGAGGGUUCGAGAGCCCUAUGAUGGACAUCUCGAUAAAUUUGGUCUGCUAUCUCCUGUUAAAAUCUUAAGGUCAGGUUCUGCUCCGCCGGGAAUUCUGUCCGCUUGUAGAGAGUCCCGUGAAGUGGCCUUGAAACGUUACAACAUGGCCUUCAUAACACAUGAGCGACUUCAGGGAAUUUAUUUUGAUUUUCAAAAUGAUACUUUGUUCCUGGGAUAUGAUCAAUUCCAAGAUGCCGAUCAGGGCUUUUUCCAAGUCAAUUCUGUGGUGAAUAUGGUAGAGGGGGAGUUCAUCAAUCUCUUGUGGGAUUGCGUAGAUUCUGAUAGCAUGGAUCGUGUCAAAAAGCUUGCUUAUCUGGUCAAUCCGCAAGCGACAGGAAUAGAGGAGGAGGAUGUGAGUGAUCGUACCAAAUGGGUCGCUUUUUUGAUCAACGCCUUCCCAAAAGUAGAGAAGUUUACUCUCGUCAUCGAUCAAUUGGUCGAGAAUGGCUGUGAGUCUGAGUACGGACCAAUGAAACUGAUUGACCCUAUUCACGUGGACCAUACCAUGGCCAGCUAUAAUCAAUUCGAUCCUAGUCUCGCUUUGAGUCUCGAUCUACCGGAACCCGAAGAAAUCGAAAUAGAUGAUGUUGAGGUUGACCCAGACGAAGUAAUGGAAGAACUCGCGUAUACUUUUUGGGAGAAAGACGAAAACGAGUUACCAUCAGCUCCGCAGUUCGAGUAUAAGGUCGCGAUUAGUGAAAACUAUGCGUACGAUUUUAAUGCUUCGAGGGAAGCAUGCCAAGCAAGGAUUGAUGAAUAUUGCAGUCAGGAAGUUGAGAUAAGACCAGUCAAAUUUCGCUCAGCAAGAAUCGAUUGUUAUCUAGCCAAAGCUCUUAACCACGCGUCAAUGAACUGGUCAUCGAGAAAGUUACGCGAAGAGCUAUUUCAAGUUUCUAUGUCUUACGAGCGCAGCAUUCAAAAGGCUGGCGGCUUCUAUAGGACAGCGGCUAUUGCACAUUGGCUUCGAGGUCGCAAGAUUGCAUGCGCUCCGCAUAUUCAGUAUGUGGUCGUAUCGAGGAGUUGCUAA